ACGAAAAAUGAUAUAGAUAAGUGAGCGAGUGUUUGGAGAAGACCUUUCGUCGUCGUACCUACACAAUAUUCGAGUGUGUAUAAAUGUUUAAAAAUGUGUUGUGUGUACAUAGGCUGAUUGCGUGUACGCGCCACGCGAAACGAUAAUAUUAUUGUAAUAAGUACGCCAGGCCGGCAGAAACGUGAUCGUCUACUGUUUAUUAGGUGUUAUAAUAUAUUCGUAUAGGCACCUAUUGAGUUUUGAUGGAGAACAAAAAAUUAAAACAUAAAUUACGAUUUCUGACUGCAGCCGCCGCCGUCCUGCCGACGUUUUUCUCUCGGUGCUCGAUACGUCACCGCAGAAGCCGAUAACGGACGUAUUAUAACCAUAUUAUUGUUGAUGUAUGUGAUACAAUAUUAUAUAUACCUCAUAUAAUUAGGAAUUGGAAAAGAUCUAAAAUGAAGCCGAGAAAAAGACAUUAUUCACGUGAUUUAAUGAAUUUCGAUAACUUGAGUCAUGAUGACAGUCCUAUGGAACAGCUUGUUUAUUAUGAUUUACAACCCGUAUCUGAAAAUAUUAAGGAAAGUUCAUACAAUAUGCAAAACAGUACCCGACUAGCUUCGUCUACAGCAGAUGUAAGUAUGGAUUUGAGUGGAGAUGAACAUUACAAAAACAAAAGGAAAGGAUCUGCACAUGGUAGCGAUUUUGGCGAUGACAACAAUGAUGAUUCAAGGUCUGUUCGAAAUGACAAUAGCAAAAAACAUAAUCACAGUGAAAUUGAGAAACGUAGAAGAGAUAAGAUGAACUCAUAUAUUACCGAGCUCGCUAGUAUGAUACCAAUGUGUCAUUCUAUGCCAAGAAAGUUAGAUAAACUGUCUGUGCUCAGGAUGGCCGUACAACAUAUGAAGACAAUUCGAAGUACCGUCAAUUCAUACACUGAGGGUCAUUAUAAGCCUUCAUUUUUAUCUGAUAAAGACUUGAAAACUUUGAUCACACACGCCGCUGAAGGUUUUGUUCUCGCUGUAAGUUGUGAUCAUGGAAAGAUACUUUAUAUAUCAAAAUCCGUGACUCAGGUUCUGAAUUAUAUACCAGAGGACUUGGUCGGAAAUAAUGUUUUUGAUUAUAUCCAUCCGAAAGAUGUAGCUAAAGUGAAGGAACAACUCUCCUGUUCAGACUUCGGACCUAGAGAUAAAUAUAUCAAUUCAAAUAAAAUUUUACCGGUGCGUGCUGAAAUGAUGAAUACAUCGUCAAAAAUGUGUAGUGGAGCUAGGAGGUCAUUCUUUUGUCGAAUGAAGAGUAAAGUAUAUGAUAUAAAAGAAGAAGCAGACACGACUACCGGAUCAAAGUAUACUCAAUCAGAUAAACGCUAUAAUGUAAUCCAGUGUACUGGUUAUCUGAAACCUUGGAAGCAGAUAAAUGAAUGUGAGGAURUAUCUGGGAAGAGUUUGGGAUUAGAAGAAGAUAAUGAUGAUAAUGGCGUUGGAGCGGAUCCUGGAUCUGCAAACAAUACAUCAUGUUUGGUAGCCGUUGGUAGAAUCAUUAAUGAUUUGUCUUCCUCGUCACUUCUAUCGGACAUAGUAAAACCGCCAUGUUUCACCUCAAAACAUACAAUUGACGGAAAAUUUCUGUCUGUGGAUCAACGGGUCACGUACAUCGUUGGGUUUUUACCUCAAGAAUUAUUAGGCACUAGCAUGUAUGAAUACUUUCAUCAAGRUGAUAUUGCUAGACUUGUAGAUGUCCACAAAGCAACACUUCAAGAGCCUACGCCAAAAGAUACAGAGAUUUAUAAAUUUCGGGCUAAAAACAAAACAUUUGUAAACUUACGAAGUGAAUGGAAAAGUUUUCGAAAUCCUUGGACUAAAGACAUAGAGUUUAUUGUCGCAAAUAACAUUUUGACUAAGCCAGAUUUCAAACCCGAUAGCAGCAACAAAUCAGAAUGCUCUUCACAGGGGAAAUCACAGAAUAACUUUGAUAGUUUUACAGAACAACAAUUGUCAAAAAGUCAGCAACAGCUGGGUAAUAGAGAAAUACAAAACUUGAUUUCUUCACAUAUAGAAGCAAACAAAAUCGGACGGCACAUUGUUGAUACUACUUUGGAUGUAAAGCAGUCAAUUUGUGAUAUCGAAAGUUCUCCGCAAUCUCUAAAGGAUACAAUAGAAAAAUUAGAGUCCAACAAUGACCGUUUAGAGUUUCUAAGUUCACCAUUGGCGAUGCUCAACGAACCAGGCACGUUGUCGAGUAAUGGUGGCGACGUUGGCAAUGACGAUACAGUUUCGUCAUACCCCACGAUCCAGGAUGACGUGAAUAUGUUGAACUCGACCAAUGCCAAUAGUGACUCUGAGAACAUGCUUGGUGAUAUAAUGACACCGUCCUCACAACAGUUGUCUAAUUUGGGUACUAACGACGAAGCCGCUAUGGCUGUCAUUAUGAGCCUCUUAGAAGCCGACGCUGGACUCGGUGGACCUGUUGAUUUUUCUGGGUUACCAUGGCCUUUGCCGUAACGCGUAUGAUAAUGAUUUAAUCAACUAAAUAAUGUUUCGUGCAGCGGAAUGUAGUAUUAUUUUUUCAUAUAGUUCAAUAUUAUUAAUUAUUAUCUAAUUAUGUUAAUUAUUUAAAUUAUAUAAAAUUUGAUUUUGAAAAAUUAACUGAAAUUUUUUUAGCCCAUUGUCUUUUAAAAAUAUUAAGACCUUUGUUAACUUUCUAUAAUGAAUACAUACAGGAGUC